CGUGUGUCGGCAGCAGAAGUGGAAAGUUGCACUGCACGACGUACCUCACGCUCCUGUACUCGAAUGACAGCUCAGUGAUAACAAGCGGCACAACACUGACUGGGACGCGGACUUUAAGGCCUAUCUUAUAUGUCCUGCAGUGGCACGAAGUGAUUUGUUUUCUGCGCAAAGAGGAUAUAUUUCUUUACGUUACUUCACCUGCUUUGAUCAAUAAUGCCUGCUGACACUAUGGAAAAGCAGACGGCAUCCCCGAUAGCCGGUGCCCCAGCAAACGGAUCGCACACACCGGACAAACCCAAAAAUGCCAGCGAGCACAGAAAAUCGUCCAAACCCAUCAUGGAAAAACGCCGGAGAGCGAGAAUAAACGAAAGUCUUGGACAGCUCAAGACUCUCAUCCUGGAUGCGCUUAAGAAAGAUAGCUCCAGACACUCAAAGCUGGAAAAAGCAGACAUCCUGGAGAUGACUGUGAAGCACUUGAGGAACCUGCAGCGCGUGCAGAUGAGCGCAGCGCUCUCCGCAGAUGCCACGGUCCUCAGCAAAUACAGAGCCGGAUUCAACGAGUGCAUGAACGAGGUCACCCGCUUCCUGUCCACCUCAGAGGGAGUGAACGCAGAGGUGAGAUCGAGGCUCCUCAACCACCUGUCCAGCUGCAUGAGCCAGAUGAUGUCCAUGAACUACCCGCAGCAGACGCCGUCCCAGCAAGCGCAUCUGGCCCAGCCUCUCCAUGUGCAGCUCCCAUCUACUCUCCCCAUCAGCGGUGCUAUGAGCUCCAAAAUCAGCCCAGCAGAGGCCGUCUCCCCUAAAGUUUUCGGUGGCUUCCAGCUGGUGCCUGCAACCGACGGACAAUUUGCUUUUUUGAUCCCCAACCCGGCCUUUGCCUCAGCCACGGCCCCUGUCAUCCCCCUUUACUCAAACGCUGGGGUUCCUGUUGCCGUUAACGCCAGUCCGGUGCACGGCAGUUCAGCACCGACUGCAGCAUCCCCAGUCCAUGGCAUGACUUCCUUCUCCGGGGGGUCCCAGGCGGUGAGCCCAGUCGGGGUGAGCACCGGUUCAGAUAGUAGCGAGCCUGUGUGGCGGCCAUGGUAGCUAAAAGGCUCAGAGACGCAAAUCGGUCUGCAUUAUUUUCCUGUUUAGACUUUUGACUGCACACACAGCUGUUGCGGGGGCUCAUCCUGUGACUUUUACGGGAUGGUAUUGACCACUUUAUACCCCCUGCAGUUCUUGAUGUUUCGUUUUAUGGAACAGGGGUUUUGCCUUAAAUGGGCAUUUCUUUCUUUCGUUCUUUAUUUUCUUCCAUAAUUUAUUGUUUAUUCCAACAUUUGGAUGCCAACGGUAAAGAUGCAGAUGGAAGAAUUAUAGGAAACUUUUGAUAUGAAGUACUUUUUAUAAAAAGGUUUAGUUUUGUACAGAUGUGUUAUUGAUUGUUAUACCAAAGCUGUGUUUUAUAUUCUGUAUUGUUUUGUGUUGAGAGAGAAAACAUGACGUUUGGGAGGUUAUUUUGUUUUAAUAAAUGAGAUUUCUGAAACCCGU